CCUCCUCAGCGAAUAAUAGAUCGGAACCGCCUGUGAAAUCAAGAUUUCUAUAAAAGGUUCUAGGUGAUCAUUUACCAUAAAUUUGGAGCGGUCUUACAGCGCGUGUUGUGACCAUGGGUAAAUCUCAGUCGAAGCUUUCCCCCACCCAGCUCGAUGAGCUCCAGAAGGCUACCCAUUUUGAUAAAAAGGAACUGCAACAAUGGUAUAAAGGGUUUUUGAAGGACUGCCCCUCGGGGACCUUGACCAAGGAGGAGUUCCAAAAGAUCUACCGACAGUUCUUCCCUUUUGGCGAUCCGUCAUCAUUCGCCAAUUAUGUGUUCCGUGUCUUCGAUUCGGAUAAUAGCGGGAUGAUCGAUUUCAAGGAGUUUAUCUGUGCAUUGUCGGUCACAUCCCGGGGCAAGAUGGAGGAUAAGUUGGAUUGGGCGUUUCAACUGUAUGACAUUGAUGGCGAUGGUAAGAUCACGUAUGACGAAAUGCUCGCCAUCGUGGAGGCAAUCUAUAAGAUGGUCGGCUCGAUGGUGAAACUUCCCGAAGAUGAGGACACGCCCGAGAAACGAGUUCGCAAGAUUUUCCGUAUGAUGGACAAAGAUGAGAAUGGCAGCCUUGACAUGGAGGAGUUCAAGGAGGGUAGCAAGCGCGACGAGACGAUCGUGAGCGCCCUGUCUUUGUAUGAUGGACUGGUAUGAAUGGGUGGUGGUCGCACCUGUAUGUUUCUUCUCCCAUGACCUCUCAACCUUUUUCUACUUUUCUCUCUCGGCGAAUCCGGCGUGGUCGGGAUUCUUGGUUUCUUCUUCUUCUUCUUUUUUUUUUAUCUCAACGUAACCAUUUCUGUCUUGUGUUUAUUACCUUUUUUGUUUCUUUUUGCGUCUAGGAUUCCCAUUACUGCCUGCCCCUGUGCUUGUCGACCCAGUGCCCCGUAUUGGUGGCAUCCUGGUCGGACCGCUUCUCCUCUACUCUUUCUCCCCGUCCAGAUGGAAUGUGCUAAAUUCUGGCCUCAUCUUUCGGGGGCCCUUAUCAUGCAAAACCACAGGCAACGUUUCGUCUCGUUGACACCAUCGGCUUUGAUUGACAAAUUCAUGUCUUUUCGGUUUGUAGAAAAGAAAGCACGAUAUGGUUGAUUUGUGUUUCUGCCUCUCAUGUUGGAAUGUUUUGCACGCAUUUGCAUGAUUGAGUCUUUUGCAAUGCAGUUUUUAGAGUUGAAAUUUUUCCGAACCUACUGUGUACAGAGAUUCAGUAUACAUACAGAGAGAGAUAUAUAUAUGUACAUUGUGCCUACCUUCAAGACCGUGGAUACCUGAGGUGUCCACAAUUAACUAGUCUCUAAUGUGUGUUACUACAGACGCAAUAC